CAAUAUGGCUGCCUCCACGAAUUUCACAUGAUUAUUGGAAUAACUACAUCUGACAUAAUAUGAUUCGUCUCGCGAGCCGAAUGUUAUUUGGGAAUAAUUGUAACACAGUAUGUGUGCUACAGAGAAGAGAAGCAAGUAAAAUCAAAAUGGUCAAACAACUCAAGAAGUUAGUUGAUAGAAGUCCAAAAAAGAAGUGGCACAAAAAUCCAGCGAUGACGACAUCAACGACUACAAGUAGGGGUGUGAGUGAUGGACAGCGUAGACGUGCAGAACAGGUGAGCACAGUGCUAUACAACUACAUCACAAGCAUCAUAGACUCUGGAGAGCUCUCACCAACACUAGCUGACAUGGCAGUCGACAUCAACCGGGUGAAGGUGACCCCAGACUUCAGUGCAGUGAACAUCUACUGGCUGAGUCAUGGCUUGGAGAAAGAUGAUGAACUUGAAAUUGAGCUGAAGAAACAUGAAGCUAAACUCAGGUCUAUACUUAUAUCCUACCGUAUUGUCGGAACUAUUCCCCAAGUUACGUUUGUACAAGACAAGACGGCAGGUCGGUAUGCAGAAGUCGAGAAAUUACUGAGAAUAGCCGAUUUUGGCCCUGAUUUCAUACCUGGUCCCCUGGGAAGCAGUAUUCGAACCCUGCCCCAGGCAGAGACUACACCCUCAGAUGCAGACAUAUCUGAGCAGCUUCAGAAGCUUUCUCUGGACUUUGUGGAUACCAAACAUGGCAGACAUAUUAUUGCUGUGGAUGAGAAGACUGAUCUUGUUCCUGAGGAUGUCAGCAAGAUGAUGGAAGAUGAAAAGGAUCCUGUGCCUGAUUUAAAUUUCCGAAGUGAUUUGUAUGGACUAAACCAUGAGGAAAUAAUGAACAGACUGCUUCUUAAAAAACACAAGACAAAGCAUCGAAGUUCGGAAAGGACACUUGGAAUUGAAUCAAAAAGUGAAGGCACUGUCAAACCAGUGCAAGCACCUGACUAUGAAAAGUUUUUGAGAACAAAGAAUAUGUUGAAGAAAAAAGCCAAAAUAACAAAAAUUGAUUACACGGUUCCUGAUUAUUAUCGUUAUGAAGCGUUUCAUGAUUUUGGUGACAAUACAGAAAGAGGUGGUACAAGAGAUGAUGAUUCUGAUGAUGAUUUAACUGACUCUGAUGAUGAUACCACUGAUAGAUAAAACGAGUGCUCAUGUUUUCAGAUUUUUCUGCGGUUUUAUAUAUAAAGUAGAUUAUUAAUUUGGAAAUUAAUUGCUUACAAUAUUGUGAAAUAUCAAACACGAGAAUGUUCAUAUUGUUGUGUGUAUCAAAUCAGAUAAUAUGAGAAUACAAUCAA